CGUUUCCAUCUCUCCGCCGCGCUCUGCCGCCCCGCCGGACCCGUGACACCCCGCCGCCGUUCCACGGUGCCGCCGUUCUGCGGUGCUCCCCCCCUUCCGCCGCCCUUCUUUAGUAGAGCUUGAACUCUUGGAAGCUCCUCCUUCAAUCUGCUUGCCAAAACCCUAGAUCGAAGAAGCUCUUCGACGCAUCCACGGAUGUCCGCUUCGCACAGCAUCACCGAUCGAUACGAUGGCCGCCGGGGCUUGGAAGAGAGAGAUAGGGAGUGGAGAUCGGAGGAUCGUCGUCAUCGGCGAGAGAAGCAUCGCGGCGAAGAGGGCGAGGCUAGCCUUCGAAGGCACGAGAAGGAUCUGAAGGAUGAUGACCGCCAUCAACGAGAUGGAGAUUCCGGUGAAGAAGGCGAGGCUAGCCCUAUAAGACGCGAGAAGAAUCACCGCUGGGAUGGAGGGCCUGAAGAAGAGGGCGAGGCAAGCCCUCCUAGGCGAGAUGACGGCGGUCGUCGCCGGCGAGAGAGAGGCACCGGAGAAGAAGGUCGAGAGAAGGAAUUGGAAGACUACGGCCGCCGCCGGAGAGAGAGGGAGACUGGCGAAGUAGGUGAUACCAGUCCUCGAAGGGGACAGAAGGAUCGAGACGAGGAUGGCCGCCGCCGGAGAGAGAGGGGAACUGGCGAAGAAGGUGAUACCAGUCCUCGAAGGCGCCAGAAGGAACGAGACGACGAUAGCCGCCGCCGGAGAGAGAGAUGGACAGGUGAAGAAGGUGACACCAGUCCUCGGAGACGCCAGAAGGAUGGAGAUGACCAUGGCCGCCGCCGGAGAGAGAGAGGGACUGGCGAAGAAGGUGACACUAGUCCUCGAAGAAGGCAGGGGGAUCGAGACGAUGCUGGCCGCCGCCGGAGAGAGAAAGGGACUGACGAAGAAGGUGACACCAGUCCCCGAAGGCGCCAGAAGGAUCCAGACAAUGAUAGCCGCCGCCAGCGUGAAGAAGGUGACACUAGCCCUUUGAGGCGCGAGAAGCUUCGGGAUGACAAUGGCCACCAUAGGCGAGAAAGAGGUAAUGGUGAAAAAAGCGAUGCUAGUCCUAGAAGACGUGAGAAGCAUGAAGAUGAGGAUCGGCGUCGUAUCAGCUCCAGACGCGGUGAGAAUGGCCGGGGAAAUAAGGCUGUAGAUGGAGAAGAUGAGAAGAAACCAGAACCCACCCAAACAAAGCCAAUGCCAGAUGCUAGCAACCUCAGGACUGGCGGCGUCUACAUCCCGCCACACAAGAUGGCUCAGAUGAUGCGUGAUGUCCAGGAUAAGAGCAGUGAGGCAUACCAGCGGCUGAGCUGGGAUGCUCUCCGGAAGAGCAUUAAUGGGCUUGUCAACAAGGUUAAUGCCACCAACAUCAAGAACAUCAUCCCUGAGCUCUUCUCUGAGAAUCUCAUCCGUGGUCGAGGCCUCUUUUGUCGGUCCUGCAUGAAAUCCCAGAUGGCUUCACCUGGAUUUACUGAUGUUUUUGCUGCUUUGGUUGCUGUUGUGAAUACCAAGUUCCCCGAAGUUGGUAAGCUUCUCCUGAAAAGGAUUGUCUUGCAGCUGAAAAGAGCUUACUCACGAAAUGACAAGCCUCAAUUACUUGCUGCAACGAAGUUCAUAGCCCAUCUCGUGAAUCAACAAGUAGCUCAUGAGAUUGUCGCCUUGGAACUGCUCACUGUGCUCUUGGAAAAUCCUACUGAUGAUAGUGUUGAGGUGGCUGUGGGCUUUGUCAAAGAAUGUGGUUCAUUGCUUCAAGACUUCUCACCCCGUGGUCUUCAAGGUAUUUUUGAACGUUUCCGUGGUAUACUUCAUGAGGGAGAAAUAGACAAGCGUGUGCAAUUCUUGAUUGAAGGUCUUUUUGCAAUACGGAAAGCAAAGUUUCAGGGAUUUCCUGCUAUCCGGCCAGAACUGGACCUUGUGGAGCAAGAGGACCAGUUUACCCAUGAAAUAUCCCUUGAAGAUGAGGUUGAUCCAGAGACAAAUCUUGAUGUUUUUAAGCCAAAUCCGACAUUUUUGGAUGAUGAGAAAGCAUAUGAGAAUCUCAAGACAAACAUCCUUGGGGCAGAGUCAUCUGAAGAUGAAGAUAACUCGGAUGCUGCCUCAGAUGAUGAAGAUGAUGAAGAUGAUGAGGAUGAAGAUGAAGAUGAAAUGAUGAAGAUAACGGAUGAGACAGAGACAAAUCUUGUUAAUCUGCGAAGGACAAUAUAUUUGACAAUUAUGUCAAGUGUUGAUUUUGAAGAAGCUGGUCAUAAAUUAUUGAAAAUUAAGCUAGAGCCUGGUCAGGAGAUGGAAUUAUGCAUCAUGCUGCUGGAGUGCUGUAGUCAGGAGAGAACAUAUCUUCGAUAUUAUGGUCUUUUGGGGCAACGAUUUUGCAUGAUCAACAAAGUCUACCAGGAGAAUUUUGAGAAAUGCUUUGUUCAGCAAUACUCAAUGAUCCACCGUCUUGAAACAAAUAAACUCCGGAAUGUUGCCAAGUUCUUCGCACAUCUCCUGGGAACAUCUGCACUCCCAUGGCAUGUUCUAGCAUACAUCCGAUUGACAGAGGAUGACACUACUUCUUCAUCUCGAAUUUUUAUUAAAAUUCUUUUCCAGGAAUUAUCAGAGCAUCUGGGCAUCCGCCUGCUCAAUGAGCGUCUCAAUGAACCCACCAUGAAAGAUUCAUUUGACUCGAUAUUUCCUAAGGAUCACCCAAAGAACACCAGAUUCGCCAUUAAUUUCUUUACAUCUAUUGGUCUUGGAGGUAUCACAGAGAGUCUGCGCGAACACUUGAAGAACAUGCCACGCAUGAUAAUGGAGCAGCAGAAGCAGGUCACCGACUCUGAUGAGUCAGGAAGUGACGGCGGAUCAUCUUCUUUACAAUCAGGAUCAGAGUCCGGAUCGGAAUCAGAAUCAAGCUCUGAUAGCAGUGAAAGAGACAGGAGACAAAGCAAGAGAAGGAAGAGGUAACAUUUGUACUCAAUAUUUUCAAGUUGGGCUACUGAUUUGGUUCUCAAACAUUUUGUAACAUGUUACUACUGUAUGUUUUUUUGUGCUCCAUAAAAUUUAGUGAAUCUUAUGUUUUCCAUAAAAUUAAUUUUUCUUUCAGAGAAAUUGCUGAACAAUUUAGUUGAUACUAAGAUGAUCUAGAGGGAUUAUUUAUUUAUUUAUUUUGUGAAUUAUCUAAUGAUUUUGAUGGAGACGGAGUGAUAGAUAUGUCCCAAGGGUUUGUGAAAACAAACACCUUGUUCUUGUACUCAUUAUCAAACACCUCAAGAUGUGAUUAUGAUUAGGUUUGUGUCU